GUGAGUGAGUGUGUGUCUGUGUGAGUGUGUGAGUGAGAGAGAGAGUGGUUCGCUUUUAUAGUUGCCAGAGAUAUGGAGGCAGACGGUAACCAAGCCACCUCUGGCAGUCCAAACGACUCUCAGCAUGACCCAGGUAAAAUGUUUAUCGGCGGUCUCAGCUGGCAAACCUCACCAGAUAGCCUUAGGGACUAUUUUAGCAAAUUUGGCGAAAUCAGGGAAUGUAUGGUGAUGCGAGAUCCGACCACGAAACGAUCCAGAGGCUUCGGUUUCGUUACGUUUACCGAUCCUGCAAGUGUAGAUAAAGUAUUAGCUCAACCCCAUCACGAAUUAGAUUCCAAGACGAUUGACCCUAAGGUUGCGUUCCCCCGAAGAGCACAACCCAAGAUGGUCACACGAACAAAGAAAAUAUUUGUAGGCGGAUUAUCAGCGAAUACAGUAGUGGAUGAUGUAAAGCAGUACUUUGAGCAGUUUGGCAAGGUAGAAGAUGCCAUGCUAAUGUUUGAUAAGACAACUAACAGACAUCGAGGAUUUGGAUUUGUAACUUUUGAAAAUGAGGAGGUUGUUGAGAAAGUCUGUGAAAUCCACUUCCAUGAAAUCAAUAAUAAAAUGGUAGAAUGUAAGAAAGCACAGCCUAAGGAGGUGAUGUUCCCACCAGGAACACGGGGCCGUGCUCGGGGAUUACCGUAUACUAUGGACGCUUUUAUGCUGGGAAUGGGAAUGCUGGGCUACCCAAACUUUGUUGCAACGUAUGGCCGUGGAUACCCUGGAUUCGCACCCAGCUACAGCUACCAGUUCCCAGACUGUUUCCAGAUUUCACAAGAUAUUAUUUUUAUCAACUAAAUUAUUUUUCCUCUUGCAAAUUAGCAAGGUCUCCUGCAGUGUUCAUGAAAGCCUGAAUGGCUAGCUGUGAUUAACUGUUGGCUUUCGCUGUAAUUAUCUCUAAUAAUAACUGCCUGGGCCCAACACCUCUUUUAUAUAUAAAUAUAUAUAAUACUUUAUAUAUUUUUAAUUAUUUUUUAAGACACAUUCCAUGGGCUGUCUGCCAUUUCGCUUCCUGCAUGAUUUAGUUGCUUGUAAUUUAAAUGCUUGCUUUGAUUUUUUUUGCUGUAUUGUAUAUAAACAUUUGCUGUUAAAUGUCACUUCCUUGAUUCUAUAAACUGUGGAUGGCACAGUUUAUCUUUACAGUCACUAAAUAGCUCCUCCCCCCUUCUCACAAGGUUUCAGUUUUAAAAAGAAACAUUCUUAUUUUUAAUGGUCCCUGAAGUAAAAAAAUAACGAAAAAUAGAAUAGCGGACAGCUAUGAAUCUGCUGCGCUAUCAUCUUCUGGGAUUUGUUUUUAUUAAGUGAGUGGUUGCCACAACAACUUAUUGUUAAAUAGCGCCUGUGACAUCCCAAGAUGCUUCAUACCAGCAUCCUCAAACACAUUUUGACGCAUAAUAUAUUUUAGGACAGGUAGCUUAGUCGAAGGUUAGAUUUUCACUAACGAGCACCCAGCAGUUAGAGGCCUGGGGAUGGAGUCCAUCUUUCUAAACAUGGGAAGGAAAAUAUUUUUCUUAAACCUGUUACCACACCUCUACGGCAAUGGGACCUGAACCAAAAUCCCCUGGCCCAGAGCUAGGGACACUACCACCUUGCCACAUGAACCUUAAACGCUGCUAGUGUGCCACCAGUCUGAAUUUUCUCAUAAUUGGCCUUUGGGGAAACCCUGGGUAGACUCGAUGUGAGGGCUUAGUCUUCUUCCCCAGUGUUAAAAAUCACACACUGGCUUAUAGCCCAACAGGUCUAUUUGGAAAUGCAAGCUUCCUUCGUCAGGUAGCUAGCCCCAAAAGCUUGUACCUGCUGUUUGAGUUUUGACUUACUCCAACACUGGCACCUCCACAUCGUGUUCUCCUCCAGAAUGAUUGUGUCACAAUGAGACCAUAGUGUCCUCAGGAAGGGAAGGAGAUUAACUUUAAAGCAGCUUCCCUCUUCUGCACCAAAGAGUUCACAUUGAGUUUCGACUGAGAGGGCUUCCAUUGCCCAAUAACUUGCUGUUGCCUGUGGCCAAAAUGCACUUGACAAAUGAGCACUCUGACUGAGUGGCAGGAUCUGUGUGGCACUGUGUCCUAAUGUGCCCUCAUGACCCCAGAAUUGGGAAUAGGGAGGGGAUUAGUGGAAGGAGGGGUUGUAAAACUCAGCCCGUAUCUCAGGGCUAAUGCCAGAAGCUGCAGGGACUUUUAAAAGAUUUAACAAAAAGCACUACAUGAAAAUUUGUGAGAAGUGUGUUGUGUGCUAGGGGUUUAAGUGUGUUUUUAAAAGGAGAAAGCUCCCUUUUCAUGGCUUACCUAGGCUGCUUAUUUAACCUCCAUGAAAGCUGUUGACCAAACCUGAAAACAAAAUGGCUGCCUGAUAGGCAUGUUGCUGUCAUAACAACGUUGCCAAUUUUAACAACCAAUAGCAGGAGAACGUUAUCUUUAAAUGGUGCAGAUGAACAAUAAAGAAAUUGUUAAUAAAAUAAAAAUACAAUUUUAAAAAUUAUCCAUAUUCUAAUCAAAAAUCCAAUUAUUUUGGUUAGUAUUUUUUUAUUUGUCAUCCAAAGUUAAAGCUUUUGGGCCUACUUGCUGUUGAAGUACUCCAUUCCAGGAGUCCAGUUGAAAAAGGCUGAAUGAAGUCAGUCAGCUUCUUUAAUCUUUACUGAUCUGUCCAGUCUGUAUGAGCCAGUGAAAAGAAAGCUUUCUUAACUUCAUUUUUUUGAAGGUCACUUAAUUACUAAGUCACGGAAUCCAAACAAGCUUAAAUUAUCACGUCACUCUGUUCCUGUUAAUUAAACAUGCUUGAUGUAAUUAAUUGCAUAGCCUGAAAUAGUGUUGA